ACAAAAAAAAGAAACGAAAGAUAGAAGAGAGAGAGAGAGAGAGAGAGAGAGGGGGAGGGGACGUGCGAAAUGGGCAACACGAAGCCGCCCGUGGCGUCGAAGAGGAGAAAGAAGAAGAAGGGCCGUCCCUCUCUCUUGGAUCUCCAGCGCCGCAGCCUCCGUCUCCAGCGCCUCGAGCAGGGGGAAGAGGAUCAGCACCCCAGCCCUAACCCCGACGACGAUCCGCGCCGCCCUUCCUCCCGCCUCAAACCCGAUGCAGCCGCCGAGGCGGCGGCGGCCGCUGACGACGACGAGGACGAGGACGGCGACGAUCACUCAGGUCGCAGAAGGCGGGAGAAGAAGCUUCGUCUCGUCCUCCGCCUCCCUAACAUCCCCUCCGCUGAUACUGCCGCCUCCGGCUCCGAAUCCGAUGGCCGCAGGGCGGGAAAGAUCGGCCCCGCUGGAUCGGAUGCCCAGACGGAAGGGCAGAAUCCUGCGUCGAAAGGGAUGGAUCUUCCACAAGAUUCUGGGCCCACUACACCAUUGCCGGACAAAAAGUUGCUGGUUUUCAUCCUCGACAGGCUGCAGAAGAAAGAUACUUAUGGCGUUUUUGCGGAGCCGGUUGAUCCCGAGGAGCUUCCAGAUUACCAUGAUAUUAUCAAGCAUCCGAUGGAUUUUGCGACCAUCAGGAAGAAGCUGUCAGGUGGAGCAUAUGUGAACCUGGAGCAAUUUGAGAAAGAUGUCAUCUUAAUCUGCUCAAAUGCAAUGCAAUACAAUGCACCAGAUACAAUAUACUACAGACAGGCCCGAUCCAUACAAGAGCUUGCAAAAAAGAACUUUGAGAAUUUAAGACAAGAAAGUGAUGAUAAUGAACCAGAACCAAAGCCAGUAAGGAGAGGUAGGCCGCCAUCUAAGAAUAUUCAAAAGAAGGUUGGUAGGCCUCCUGUUGACCGUGCUGGUUCCAACUUCUCUUCAAAUGCAACACAUUCUAAUGCCGGAGAUAGUAGUCACUGGACUAGCUUAUCACAUGAUUUGUCACGAAAAGGGUUAGACAAAACAAGUUCAUCCGAGUUACCGGCAAAGCCUUAUGGUCUUCGCAUUAUUGAAUCUCAUAGUUUGACUGGCGAUCACAAGUCUGAAAGAAAUGAGGAUAAUUCAGGUUCUGCAGUUAAGGGUUUCUCGAUGAAAUAUCCCAAGAAGUCCUUGGUCAUAGAUGAAAAUCGUCGUAUCACAUAUAGCCAUCCCCAGGUAUUCGGCUCCAUAAGUGAACCAUCAGUAUUAACAACAUUUGAGGGAGAGAGAAAGCAACUUAUUCCUGUUGGCCUUUACAUGGAGCACGCAUAUGCCAGGAGCUUGGCACGUUUUGCUGCAAACCUUGGUCCCAUUGGCUGGGAAAUUGCUGCUAAAAGAAUUGAAAGUGUCCUUCCUCCCGGAACAAAAUUUGGCCGUGGAUGGGUUGGAGAUAAUGAAGUACCACAACAGUCUCAGCCGCCCUUACUAACUAGAUCUCCUUCCCGUGUUUCUCAACCAGAAAGCACCCCAACAACUAGCGCAUUAGCAUCUGAACAUUCCCGGAGUGGCAUGUUGACUGAAGUCUGUGCAAACACUACACCAGCUACAUCAUCUCCUCUCUCAAGUAGAGUUUUAGAUUCAGGGGAGGUCAUUGCCAGAAACCAUGAAAGUGCUUUCAAACCACAGAGUGCUGUUGGCGGACAGGGUAAUUGGCAAAAGACUCCAUUCCAUCUUAACCAAGCUGCUCCAGCUAUGCAACCCACCUUGAAUGGUUUUAAUAACCCAUUGGGGUUUAAUCAUCCCUCUCAAGUUGGCAAAAGUGUUAUUACAUGUGCCUCGCCAGAGAGCUUUAGUUCAGAGGCAAUGAGACAACAUUCUCGAGCGCGUGACAUGGUUGCAAGAAACAGUAGUCAAACAACCAUUAGUAAUUUCAAUAUGGACAAGGUGACAAUGGUUGCUGAUCCAAGUACAUCUUCGAGUUCCGGCAGCCACUUGCCUGAUUCCGGACAUGAUUCUCAAGGCACAUGGAGGGGAUUGUCGAUAAAUCCGAAGUCGGCUUCUGUACCUCCUGAUCUAAAUGUUGGUUUCCAGACACCAGGGUCACCAGUCUCAGGUUUCCUAUUAGAUUCGCAGAACCCAAAUUUAUCAUUGCAACUAUGAAGUUGUAAUUCCCAUUUUCGAUUUGGUAGAGAUCACAAGUGGCUUUUCGCCUCUUGGUAUUAGAAAUAGCGCCCCCCAAAUGAUGCAGGUUUUCCCUAACAAUUACUACUGUAACCAGCAUUCUGUUGUAAAAGUGAUAGGGCUGUUGUACAGAUUAAUUAUUAUUGAAAUUAAUUCUCACAUGAGGCUUUGCUUA